GCCCAAGCAGCGCUGAUUGGCGGGGGCGGCUUUGCCACGAGCUGGUGGCUUCGGGCGAGUCGCCGAGCGGCGGCGGCGGCUGUGAGGCGAAAGAUGUCGGGCCGGGAGGCCCUCGACGCCAAGAAGCUGGUCCGCUCUCCCAGCGGGCUCCGGAUGGUGCCCGAGAGCCGCUCGGCGGGGAGCCCCUUCGGGCUGGAGGAGCCGCCGUGGGUGCCCGAUAAGGAGGUAACGGAGGCAGCGCAGGGCGGGGAAGGCGAGGCUCCAGCCGCUCCCCAUAGCGAUUCCCCUCAGAAAUCCCGCCUGAGGAACCUCGGGGGAAGGGGAGACACCCCCACCCCCCAAAAGAAACCACCAUCCCUAAACUGGGCUUGGCUCUCCCUCGCCUCGCCCGCCUCAGGGUCUCUCUUUCCCCGCCUCGGCUGGAGAAGGACGACCCUGCCCUGACAGCCCCCCGGUUGGGCCCUUCGCGGAAUGUCCUCGCUUUAUAUAUAUCAUUUAUUUGUUCGGUUUAUAUGCCGCCCUUUGUAUCCAGAGACCCCAGGGCGGUGCACAGCAUUAAGAACAUAAUUUACGAGGCACAAUAAUAAUAAUAAUAAUCAAGACAUAAUACAGAACAUCACAAUAGCGUUCCUGAGGGGUUGGACAAGCUGACCCUUACGGUCCCUUCCAAUUAUGAAAUAUGAUCACGGUAGCUUCCCUGCAAGUAGAAAGCCAGCGCCUUGCGCCAAGGUGUAUGCUGCAGCUGGGAGCACUUUCGUGUGUGUGUGUGUGUGUGUGUACAUACACACAUUCUUUUCAGCAUGAAAUUUCUCUCUCUCUCUCGAUAUAUAUAUAUAUCUAGAAAAAUUCCAUGCUUAAAAGCAUAGGAAAGAUUUUGACCUUGGCUUUCGAAGCAUGUGGGUAGUCUUGUCUGGACAAGAAUGUUUUUAGGAGGUGCCGAAAGGAGUGGCAAGGAGUCCCUUAGAAGGUUUGCUGGACUCCAGCUCCCAUGAACCCCAGCCAUGGAUGGGUGGAGUUGGGCAUUCAGUGAUGUCUGGAGGGUCAUCAGUUCCUCAUUCCUCCGCUUGAAAUUGACGUGCUAGCUUUUUUUGUUUGCAGGGAGGAUUUUUGUUGUGUGUGUUAGUGCGGCGAAUGGGGAAGAGCAUUCGGAAGCUAAUAAUCCCACCUGUAAUCUGAACUCUAUUCUGGUGGUAACCUGACCUGUUCUCUUCGGCCACCUCAUUCUGCUAAUGUGUGUGGAUUUGGCUGCUUCCUCACCAAGCACCAACUCUGAAAUUACACGCUCCGAGUUAAGGAUCAGCAGCAGUUUGUGCUGGGUGUGGGAGCUGAUGAGAAGCUAGCACAGGAAUCUAAAGGAGAGGCUAAGUAGCGGGUUAUUUUGGCUGUGGAGUUCCUGAGAGAGGUGAGAAGUUGGAGAUGUGUUAACAGAAGGUCAGAGAGAAAACAGUUGCUGUAAAUCAAGAUGGGGGAUGAGUGGAGCUUAAACCAUUUUUCAACAAAAAGGUAGAAGGAGUGGUCAUAAUUUAUUGACUCAUGAGCAAGUCAAGACCUGAGAAAGACUGAAGGUAGAAGCUGUGGAGUCUCAGAAGUAGGUAGAAGUGGUGGAAGACCAGACAAGUCUUCUGAGGCAGCUGUUGCAUCAGGGAACUGCAAGGCAUGGGAGGAUCAAGAGACAGAGCAACAGGAAGGUUGGGUAUGUGUAAAGCAGUCAAAAAGGGAAUACCCAACAGAGAUAAUAAAGAAUGUUGGUGAGGGAGUAAGGUCAAAUGCAGGCCUCAGAGGAGGGUAUUGAGGUGAGAUGAGACAUGGCUGAAUCUGAGAGAAUACUGUUCCACGUUCAAUAACAAUGUCAGGUUAUGCAUAAGCUUAAAUGGCUUUUUGAGCCUUGAGAACCCUUUGCACCCGGUUAGCAGAAAAAUUGGCUUUUAUCUUGCUUACAAAGGAAUCAGGUUCUCCAGGAACUUCAUGUUUAUAUGAGACAAAAGAAUGUGUGAAAUGAAUUUAUUGGUAAUCACAGUUUCUCAGUAUCUUUUAUCGAUAAUAACAGUAUCCAUUGAGGGGUCUCUUAGAAAGAGAAGUCACAGGUAAACUUCAUGAUAGUUUGCAUAUUCCCUGUUGUAGUUUGUCUGCUUUGUGUACAGUGGUACCUCGCAAGACGAAUGCCUCGCAAGACGGAAAACUCGCAAAACGAAAGGGUUUUUGGUUUUUUGAGUUGCUUCGCAAGACGAUUUUCCCUAUGGGCUUGCUUCGCAAGACGGAAACGUCUUGCAAGUUUGUUUCCUUUUUCUUAAAACCGUUAAUACAGUUGCGACUUGACUUCGAGGAGCAACUCAUAGCACUGCGGUGUGGUAGCCUUUUUGAGGUUUUUGAAGACUUUGGUGAUUUUUGAAGCUUUUCCAAAAAUUUUCCGACACCGUGCUUCGCAAGACGAAAAAAACCGCAAGACGAAAAACUCGCGGAACGAAUUAAUUUCGUCUUGCGAGGCACCACUGUAGUUGAAUCUACCAUAUGGACUAUUCUGUAUAUACAGCUCUAAAGCAGGGGUGGGGAACAUGAACCUUAAGAUGUUGUUGGACUCCUAAGUCCAUCAGCCCUAGCCAGCAUGGCCAGUUGUCAGGGAUGAUGGGAGUUGUAGUUCGACAAUAUAUGGAGGGUCCUGGGCCCCCCUUCCUAGUUGUACUAUGAAAUCUUCUACUUGAAAAGUAAUGGGCAGAUGAGGUUAUUCUUUAAAUACCUUUCAGUAAUUCCAGUUCUAACUUGUGUGUGUUUUUCUACAGACGAGACUAGGACACAAUAGAAGUAAAUGCAUAUAAAUAUGUUGAUGAAGUACUAAAUGCAUUCCUUUAGUUUUGGGCACAAGUCUUCCCAUAUUUUCCAUUACUAUCUUCUAGUGUCCCAGAUGCAUGCAGUGCAAUGCAAAGUUUGACUUCAUAACCAGAAAGGUAAGAAGAUAAACGCAAAAUAUACACCAAAAUAUGAAACCUUGUUCUGAGGUAAAAUUGGCAUCGUCACUGGCCAUGAUCCAGAAUUAGGCAUAUGAAUGUUACAGUUGGGCUGCUUUUGGGAGGAAAGGAGUAGUUUUCCCCUGAGCACUUUACUUAUAAUAGCUAGUGACAAAAGCCCCUCUUUAAUUUUAUGUUACGGUUUGUCCACCUUGAGCUGCUGCAGUAUGAAUUAUAUUGAAGCUCCUUCCUAUGUGCGUAUUUCACUCACAGCAAUUGUCAGUUGCCAUAGUUUAGCAAAAUUUGAAUGAGCUGCAGUGAGCUUUGGACUUGUUCACUUCUCCCACUCCCAGAAAAAAACAUCCUCUUUCAUGACCAGGAGAAGUUUGGAAUCAUCCCACUUCUCCUUAACCUCUAGACAAACUGUGGUCAGCACUAUAGUUUGUUUCAGUUAAACUAUAAUGACUGUUAGCCACUGUCAGUUGUGACAAAGGGUUGUAUUCAACUAACAUCUACUCAGAAUGCAGCCACUGACUAACUUGGGUCCAUUUAUUACAGUGGGUCUCCUGAGGAAAGCUGUUGACUACAACAAACAAACAAAACAGAAACUUAUGAAUGCCACCUCUCAGCUGUGUAGGGAAAUGAAAGGGGGGGGCAUGAACCAGAGGUACAUUGCAAUGUCUUGAUGUUUUAUUAAACUAUGGCUUAGCAUGACACACAAAUGUGGCCUUUACCUUACUACACAGUAACUAGUAAAUAUUGCCACAAGGCUGCCAUCUUUUGCUAUUUUUAAAAUCUUGGAGUGGGCAACUUUGACACAUCUUUCAUCUAUAUUCAGCUUUUUUUUUCAGACUUAAAAAACAUAAUUAUUCACUUUACGUCAUCCUGGGAACCAGUGCCCACUCACUUAGAGUGCUAUAUAGGACGUUCAGAGACUAAGAUAGGGAACACACUGUAGCAUAUUACAUUUUGACAAUAGUUUGCAGGUUUCUGCUCUUCCCCUGCAGUGAAGUUGAGUGCUUAAACAUGAAUUUCACAGUGUUGACACUUCAAGCAUGUUGAAUGUUGCAUGCUUUAUCAGAACAGGGAAAAGGGAGAACAUUUUAAUGUUCUUGAUAACUACAAUUUCAAUGAAGUAGACUUGAGAAGAGGGGAAGCAAUUAUUGUUGUGCAUUAUAAAUCUGAAAAGGCAGCGAUUCCUGAUUCACUUAGAUCAAAAUACACUUUUCCAUAGUUUUCAUUUUGACAAUCAUUCUGGCACUCUUUAACUAGGCAUCUCGAGGCUAUCCCCUCCAUCCCUCAAACACUGCAUACUAUAUUUAUCUCUCAUCUGCGUUUCAGUCAUAUGCUAGAACCAUCGGUUUUAACACAAAGCUCCAACUUUGCUGAUACAGUUUUUCCUUUGUUUCUCCUUGCCCUCCCCCCAGCACCACUGCAGGAGAUGCGGAAAGUGCUUUUGUGACAAAUGCUGCAGCAAGAAAGUGCCUCUUCCUCGUAUGUGCUUUGUUGAUCCUGUGCGCCAGUGCGCCGAAUGUGCUCUCAUUUCUCAAAAAGAAGCAGAGUUCUAUGACAAGCAGCUCAAAGUGCUUAUGAAUGGUAAGUACUAAGCAUGGGCUGCCCAUAGGUCAGAUUUUUGCUUUUUUUGCUGGGCAUGGGAAAUUAGAGUUGACUUUGGAGUUUUGUAUUAAAUCUAGCAUGAUAAAUGACAGUGUGAUUUGCUGUUUGAUUCUAUAGAAUUCGUACUUAACUAUCUAAAAGGCAGUAUUUAAAGGUCUGUUUUGGGCAAUUAAUAAUCAUGUGCUUUUUAAAAUAAAUGGUUAUAAUAUCAGAAAGAAGGCAACCUUUUAAAAAAAUAUAUGGUGCUAGAUAAAAAUGCAUUCUCUCAGUUUGGGAAUCUGUCUGAAGUGUCAGAUCAUGAAAAUGGCAAAUCUCAGUCCUUUUAUAGUGGCAAAUGGCCAUGUUGCUCUGUCAAUAUUAUUUUUCUUAGAAAUGUUCUUUGACACUUUUUAAUGCCUAUUCUGUGUGUUCAGCUUAAUUUGACAUUCAGGAAACCAUACAAAGUCAGCAACAAGCACAGUGAAUAAGGAUGGCAUGUUCUGCAUGUGAGUUUGAAGGAUGAUUCUUAUGUAAUAGUUUCCCUUUGUACAUCAUUCACAUUUCAGUAUCUAAUGCACACAAUUCUUGCCCAAAUUGUAAACGUGCAAAAUAAACCUCUAUCCAAUGUAGAAAACUUUGAUUUCAAUUUGUGCAGCAUUGUUUCAGCUCUUUCAGAAUAUUUAGAUUAAUAGCUAAAGAGCAUUCAGCAUAAAGAGAACAAGGGAUUUCUUCUUAUUAAUUUACACUGGAAUAGUAACCUGCAAGUCACUCUUUUAAGUGCAAAAAUAAGGUAUAUUUUCCUAAGCAUAAUGUAGUCAGAAACGUCCUAGUUCUUCUGAAUGGUAGCUUAAACUCCUAAAUGACUUCAUAUCAUAUAUUAUUAUAUUUCAUUAAUCAUGAUAGAACGUGCUGUCACUGCUUUUUCACUUAAAGUAGAUCUGAGAAUAUUUAAUAAACCAUGAAUUCAUAGCUACCUCAAUAGGCAGGUUUAGAACCAGAUCUUUCAAGGUCAUUAUCUUAAUUAUAAAUUCUAGGCAUAUUAAGUGCAUAUUUUCCUUUUUCCCCUCCCUGUUUCCUGGAUAUCUAGGUGCUACAUUCUUUGUAACUCCAGGGACAUCAGAAAAGUCAGAGAUGAUGGUUUGUCGACUUUCCAACAACCAGAGGUGAGAAGUGUUCUUCAUUGGCUACUAGGACUUGCUCAGCAGUUAGUCUUAUUCUUCAUAGUGCUGUUGCAUAAGCUGCAAUUCUAGAUCCUUAUUGCUUCCCAAGAAUUGAUUUUGCCAGUCUCUAUUCCAGCUGUUAUAACAACCAGUAGUUUGGGCUGCUGAAACUUGCAGCACACUUCAGUUUGGUUUGAUUUGAUAUUGAGUAGCAGUAAAUCUGUGAUCUCUGAAUCCAUCCAAAUAACAGCUGUCUCUGGGCAACUAAUGUAGGCAUUUAAAUUGUUUUCAAAGUAAUGCAUCACAUAACCGAAAGCAUCAGUAAAAACUGGUUUUGAACCAGUAUGGCACUGAUAAAUAAGUUUCAGUGUAAAGUUUUGAAUGUACAAAAGUAACCUUGGAGUGAGGUGGGAGGGAAACUCCAUCUGGUAAUUCAACCUGAUUAAUUGAUAUCUACAAGCUCUUUUCAUUACAAAAAAUCUAAGCAGUUUCACAAUCUCCCACAUAUCUACAGCAUCCAUUCUUUCUUUUUGUGUAUUUGGCUGCAUCUUUCUGGUGACUCCCAUGCAUCAUUCUUGCUGUAGAUUCUGGGUGCAGUACCAUAUCCUAAUACUCUAAUGCAGUGGUUCCCAGUUACGUAAGUACUGUGGGCCCCCUGUUUGCAAAAGCCAAGCCAUGGACCCCCUCUUUGAUAACUCUAUGGUAGUUUUUGUUAUGCAAAUGGUGCUACGGAUCCCCUGGGUGGGUUAUAUGAACCGCCAGUUGGGAACCACUGCUUUAAUGGAUCGCUCACUAUUUUUACUCUUAUCCGUGAACUAGAGGAGCAAACAUUUCAGAAGUGACCAUUAACCAAAAUUUUAUAGCUCAUGGACAGUCCCACUGUUGUUGGCCUAACCCGAAAGUAAUUUCUACUGGAGGACAAUCUACCAGAUGGGUAGAUACUGCCAUCUAUCACCCAUAGGAUUGCAGUGUUGAGGAAGUAGAUUGCCUUGCAUUGUGCAGACUCCAGGCCAGAAGUUGCUCUGGUAGGUCAAAGACACACAGAAAAAUGCAGGAGGAACACAGCAAUGCAAAUAUCCAUGUAAAACCAAAUAGCAAUUUGCCUGUCCUGUGCUUCUUUUGCCAGUCAGAGACAAGGUAAUAGUGCAAUCAGCAAACCAACCUUAGACAGCUACCCUACCCACACAACCAGGGUAGGAUCUGAUGGUAAUCCUUGAUGGUAAAGAGGGACUCCAGCUUGAAUUUUUUAUAAUAGGUUUAGGAAUUUCAAAAUGUCCCUCCAAGACAUGUCUUGUUUGGGCACCAUGAAUGCAGUAGAACUCUGAGAAUUACUCUGCAGAAUUCACUGCCUCAAUAGCCUAAAUUCAUAGAAUGUGAAGAAUCACCUCCUGCACUAUCUACCAUUUCAAGAGGGACCUGGACACGAGAUGGAAGGAAUCUGGUGGAAGGGACAGCAAAAUUCACUGCUGUUCUAUAUAAACAAAUUUCCUGCACAUAGCCUUCUGCUGGCAUGCUGGUUUACUAAACUAGAGCUGUUCUCAGUGACAUCUAGUUCCUAUAUUUGGGGGUGUUUGUGUCAAGGCAGUUUUUAAAUGAAGGAGCAUUCAGUCAUGACCCCCUACUUGCAGACUGAAGUAGUGCAGGAUAACCACCUAAGUAACAGUUGUACCUAAAUCUAAUGAUCUUUGCCAUGCUUUGCCUAUCUAAAAAAUCAACGGAUCUAUAUUAGUAGAACGUGUGCUUCUUACCAGUGUGACUGGUAUGUAUUGUGAGCCCUGCAGAUUGACAUAUGGUGGUGUUCUCCUCUUUUGUGUGUAGAUACCUAUUUCUGGAUGGAGAGAGCCAUUAUGAAAUUGAAAUUGCACAGAUUUCCACAGUCCAGAUACUUACUGAGGGAUUUACUCCUGGAGGUAAAUCUUGUACAGAAUUAACUGAUGUUUAACCAGCAGCUGGUAGUGUUUCGGCCUACCCUGAAGACAGGGAUGUUGCUCUGUUACCUUGAUUCAGGAAGCCUAGCCCAGUGCUUUUUGUACAUUUGGAACUCAGUCCUUUUACCGAUGUCCAAUUCAGUAGAAUUCUGGCUUAACUUAAGUGCAGACAAAAAACAGUUGGCUAUUUAUUCCAAAUCAGUGUAUGAAUUUUGGGUCAAUCCCUAUAGUUCACUGCUUUUUAACUUCCUUUGUUGUCUUAGGGUUGCCAGGUCAUAAUGCUCCAUUGACAGCAGAAGCUACAAGUAGCAGAAUCCCCCUAUCCAGGUCUGUAUUCCAGACCUAGUAGCCCUGCUUACUGUUGGCUCCCUCCGUUGCUUUGUUCUUGUUAACAGUACAUGUCUCAGUCGUACUUUCUCUUUUCUUAAUUUAUUUUUAUUUAUUAAAUUUGUAUACUGCCCGUUAUCCAUAGAUCUCAGGGUGGUUCACAACAUAAAAAUACAAGAUAAAAACAAGAACAAGAACAACAAAACCACAAACCAAUAAACCCUCAUCUCCUCACACCCCCUCCCACAAACAUAUUUUAAAGGCCUGGUUGAAGAGGAGUGUUUUCAUUGGCACCUAAAGGGGUAUUAUGAAGGUGCCAGCCAAACCUCCCGGGGGGGAGCGUUCCACAAAUGGGGAGCUACUGCUGUUUUUAUGUUGCCACCCUCCUGACCUCUCAUGGGGAAGGCACAAAAAGAAAGGCCUCAGACGAUGAUUGCAGGGAGCUGGUAGGUCCAUAUGGAGAGAAGCAGUCCUUUCUCAUUGGCUAGAUGUCUCCAUUACCCAUUUUUUUCCUCCCUUUAUUUUUCAAGCUACUGCCUACUUUGUCCCACUUCCUUUUUGCCAUCCUUCUCUUUACAAACCUUCCUAGAAUUCCACAUUUUCUCUACCCACAAUAGACUUCAGUGAGGUUUCUGCAUAGCUCAUUCUUGCUUUCAGUUCCUCUAGCCUAUUUCUAUUUUUAACCUUCUAAAUGGAUCCUUCCCUUGCCUAGUUCUCGACUUUCCUUUAACUCCCUUGCUUUUGAGUUCCAUUCCCUCACUUUUUGUACCUUCUGGGACUUUCCCCAGUCCUCUAUAUGAAAUGUAAAUUCCAAAAAACCUUUAACUCACCUUUCCCCCAUAUAAGCUGAACAGGAAACAGCUUUCUUGUUCCCCAAGCAAUUAGAGCCAUCACACCAGUUCUAGAUGCUUCACUGCCUGGAGAAGAACUGACUGCUUCUUUUCAGAAGGCACUUACCUCUGUGUUGUGACGAGGUUGUAAAUGGAGAUCAUAAUCUUGAAGCACCUACUGCAAAAAGUAUGAGGUAUAACUGACUGGCAAUGGUUAACACAAUGGCAGGCAGUUAUAGCAUCACAGAGAGCAUGUUGACUACAGUGGAUGCUCUGGUUGCGAAUGUGAUCCAUGCAGGAUGCACGUUCGCAACCCGCAGCAUUCGCAACCCGCGGGUUGCGAUUUGGCACUUAUGCGCAAAGCACGGUUUAGUGCUUCUGCGCAUGCGUGACCACUGAAAACCAGAAGUAACCCAUUCCGGUACUUCCGGGUUUCGGUGGUCCGCAACCUGAAGCAGCUGUAACCCGAUGUAUGACUGUAUAGGGCAUUUGUUCACAGUUUGUGACAGGCUGCUAGCAACUUAGUUUCCAUGUAAUCUGGAAAAAAGUUUCUAGCCCUCAUGACUGCAGAUUAAUAUAAUGCCAACAGAUGCUGAAGGAUUGGAGGUGAUGAUCUUUUCUUCAACCUUUGUGAGUUGCCUGCACAUCAAGAUAUAUUCAACUGUUAGCUUUUGGGUUUUCCCAUUUGUGAGUAAUGAGCGUAUUAAAAUGCAUGCAUUGUUUGCCAGGUGUAGGAUCUGAUAUUUGUCAUGCUAGAUAAGUUCACUAAAGUUAUUGUCCUAUAAAUGUUUUAGUACCCUGUCUGUUUAUGCAUACAUGAAUUUUAGAAUCAUCUCUUUUCCUUUCAAUUGCUUAAUGAAGAACAAGAGCAGAGCAUAUUUAAAAAAAUGCAGCCACAGUUGUAUCGUUUUGUUUCAUUGCUGAAUCUGAUUCUUGGAUUCUUACUGUCCAAAGACAUGACAUAACCACCUUUUUGCCAAAACUGACAGCUGUUUACAAGACUGUGCAGGGUCUUGGAAGUGAACAUCAUAACCUUCUCCUCUUCUCUCUCUCUCCCCUCUCCCCCCCACCAUGUGACAGUAGAGAUCAUUUCUUAGCAUUAGUAAAGCCUUCUUGUUUUUAUUUGCCAAAUAUAUAAAAGCACCCUUAUAUAGCUCUCAUAGAAUUCAAACAACCAAUUAGAAUUCAUUUCAAAGCUUCCCGUCAUUUGGCCCCAGACGAAGAAAAAUGCAAGCCCACAUUUCACAAAGCACAGACAGUCUGAUGAUUUUAAAUCUUACUUUAUUAGGUCUUCCUCUGUGUUUUUUAAAAAGAGAUACAAACAGUGGAAUGCUUUGCAAAAUGCAAAGCAGGCAAUUUGUUGUGAAACUUCUGGUUUAAGAUUAUUCAGUAAACAAUGCACUGAGCAUGCCCAGUGGGUUUUUAAAAAGAAUAUGCUGCAAAUUUGGAACUCUGAGUCACCAUUUGGAUGCCUAGAAACUGCUUCCAGUUGCCAAUAGCAACUGGGUAACUUGCUAAAAAGCAGUGCUGACAAUGUUAAUGAAAAAUAUGUGGGUCAUAAUGCACCUAAAUUUCAUGGUGCUGCUAUUCAUGAAAUAUUUCUGUUUUGGUGGAUCUUGGGCUAAUGUAGUGAGUAAACAUUAGUAACAAAAAUGAAUGCUUUCUGAUAAGCUUUAAAUUGGAGAUGGUAUAGCCUGCUUAGCAUGAAGGAAGAGGCAGGGAGAAAGAGAGAGAGGGUUGGACCUGCUCACUUUUGGCUGUUGCCCAAUUCCUUGCCAAUAUGCCCCUAGCAGAUUACUCCUUGGGGAAUAUUGCUCUAAACAGGUUGUCCACAGCUGCUCUAAACAAUAGGAUGCUCAUCAUUGUCUCCAUCUGUUAAAUGUGUGUGAUGAGAUGGCUAUGUUAGGGCAAACUCUGAAAAAUAUCACUAUCCCAGAGACAUGUCAAAUUCAUUUGGGACCUGGCUGAACUUUUACAUUCUUGUAGUUUUAGUCACAGAAAAAAGAACAGAAGGUGUGGGACAAAGGAGCAAAAGUAUAUUAAGAUUAAGGACUAGUGAUUCAAGCGGUAUUUCUUUCAGUAACAUUGAUUGUAUUUAUGCACACCUCUGGCCUGUAUGUUUCUUCCAAAUGCUUUAAUCCAACUGCAAUCAAAUCCUUUAAUACUUUGGCUGUGUAUGAAAUCUUCCUUUUAAAACUGAACACUUUCUUACUCAUUUUUCUUGAUUGAUCUUUCUCCUCACUGCUUGCCUGCCUCCUUGAUGUAGAAAAAGACAUUCAUACUUACACCAGCCUCUUGGAAAAUGAACACAUUAUGGAAGGUCAGCACUGGAGCUCAGUUUCUUCUAAGCAUGCUUUUUGUAGCUCCCGUUCAAUGCAUGUUUUCUGCUGCAGGCUUUAGGGCAAAUGUACUUGGGUAGGGUGGGGGAUUAGUGCUCGAUUUAAAAUCCAUCUAUUGUCUGAUGUUCUGGAGAAGGUUAAGUCCCCUUUUUAUAUCCAGCUUGAACCUGUUCUUAAAAAAAACUGUCUGGCUCAGCUAUCAGCCAACCUGUUCAUAUUCUCCUCCUCCUUUGACAGCCAGGUUUGGACUGAGAGAUAUUCCAUCAAAGAAAUGAAAGGUAGAGAAAUGGGAACAGCCUUGACUUGAACAUGAUGGAAUAGGGUACAAACAGAGGGUACUGCCUCUGUAAUCUCACUGGAAUGGACCACAGAGGCUGUACUUCGUAUAUCAGCACACAUUGGACCUCCCAGAUGACUAGGAAUAGGUGCCUUUUGCAGGGUUUUCUUCCAGUGCUGUGUGUGUACCUGCUUAUUCAUCUCCAUUGGAGAGAUUUGUUUUUCCUGUUGUUGUUUUUUAAAGGGGCCAUGACACCUCUCUGAAAGGAGGUUUUAGAGUUGUGUAAUUACAACUCUAAUUACAGCGGGUGGUGCUGUGGGUUAAACCACAGAGCCUAGGACUUGCCGAUCAGAAGGUCGGCGGUUCAAAUCCCCGCAACGGGGUGAGCUCCCGUUGCUCGGUCCCUGCUCCUGCCAACCUAGCAGUACGAAAGCAUGUCAAAGUGCAAGUAGAUAAAUAGGUACCGCUCCAGCGGGAAGGUAAACGGCAUUUCCGUGCGCUGCUCUGGUUUGCCAGAAGCGACUUAGUCAUGCUGGCCACAUGACCCGGAAGCUGUAUGCCGGCUCCCUCGGCCAGUAAAGCGAGAUGAGCGCCGCAACCCCAGAGUUGGCCACGACUCGACCUAAUGGUCAGGGGUCCUUUAAUUACAAGUGAGAUGGAAAGAAGCAGGAAUACUGGGGAACGCUUUCACGCAACAUGCCUGGCCUGGAUAAAUGUCAACAGUCCUGCAAAGGACACAUUCAUUGCAACUGUAAGCCUUGUAGAUAGUUUCAACAAUGGUCUUCUGUUGGUUGGGCGGGGAGGAGAGCGAUGUGGUGGGCUCCUUAGCUAAGCCUCCAUUAUGGUUGCCCUGUUGCAUAUGGCUGCCACCGCGCAUGUGAGAAGUAGCAAAUGGAGUGGAUAUUCUAGGCCCGCCUUCCCCAACAUGGUGCCUUCUAGAUGUUUCUGGACUACAGCUUCCAUCAUCCCUGACCAUUGGCCAUGCUGGCUGAGGCUAAUGGAAGUUGGAGUCCAGAAAAAUCUGGAGGGCAGCAGGUUGAAGAAGGCUGGUUUAAGAGGCAUCACUUUUAAUGCAGUGAAUCAGUAUAGCUGUGUUUUUUAUGCAGGGGUAUUUAGAAGCUGGUUGCGUGUACCCACCCUAGUAAGUGUCAAAUAAGUUUUAAAAUGCUGCAGUUUCAUAUUAUUUGAAAAAUAGUCUUGAGACCAGCAGAGCUUCCUUGCUGUCAUUCAGAAAGCACAGUAAGCAGUGAACUCUGAUCCAUGGAUGAUUGUGCGUCUUCUCCAAAUGUAAACUAAACUACUGUUCCACAAAUAUUUCAAAGCUUUUUUGAACUUUUUUUGAGGGGGGGGGUAAUCCAAUAAAGCACACUUAGAAUGAUUCAAACUUAGUUUUGUUUAAGAACUUAUUUUUAUUGGAAUACUUAAAAUAUUUAAAGACAUCAUGAUUCAGUAGCAUGUACUUGGCUUACUAUGGGUAUACUGUCUGCUCCUGGAAGGAAUCCAUCAACAGAAUGGUAGAGGGAGGCAAUUUUUGGCAGUUCUCUCCCAUCUCCUCCUAAAUAGGCUUUGAUGGGUUUGAACAACAUUGGAUACUAGUCGGUUUAAAUUUUAAGUGGAAAAAGUUGCAAGGUAUAUUCAUCUUAGCAUGAUCAAGCUGUGCAUUGGCUCUGUAGCUAUUUCUUCGGUGUAGCCAUGUGAAAAGAAAGUUAAUUAGAAUUUAAAAACUUGUCCUUGACUGCUAUUGUAUGAUGCUGCUACUUUUGUUAUGAAACACAGCAUUUAUGGAAACUGGAAAGUUUUUCACAGAAAAAUACAGCAACUGAUAACUUUCCAGAAUGGGAAAAGUUUCCUUGCUACAUCAUUGCUCAUUGCUGAGUUAAUCAGGCAGUGGCAAGACCAUCUGCUCCCUGCUCGCUGCUCCCAUCCCUCUCUUUUGUCUUUUCUGGUUCAAUGUGACUUAUGUAACCUGCUGCUGAGCUUGCUUGCUUGCUUGCUUGCUGUUGAAUCAGGUCAAACUCUCUCUGCCUUUUGCAACAAUAUUAAACAAGUCAAGGCCUCGGCACUGUGCAUGUCGCCCCACCCCCCACCCCAGAAACUGAAUAAAUUAAUCCAAGCAAAAUUCAAAGAAGCAUGACAUUAUUAUUAUUAUUAUUAUUAUUAUUAUUAUUAUUACUAAUACUAUUUAUUCUGCCCUAUACCUACAUUGGGACAGGACCUUUGCUUUGUGGAAAUUCUUCUGGUACAAAGCAAGCCAUAGAAUGAUACUGUGGAUGGAAGAAUUCACCAGCUUCAGCUGAAUCCUGAUUUAAGCCCCAGGCUUGCUUGCAAACAAACAAACAAAUCAGACCUCAGGAUUCCAAAUACGUACAUUAAUACAUUUGAUCAACUUGUAUAAUACUUAUUGCAGAAUUGACAGAGUGGGAGCGAAGAGGGUGGUGAUGCCAGUGUUUUAUAAUCCAGAGCCUUUACACACACACACACACACACCAAUUCCUUUUUUCAAGUAGCACUGCCUUUGGAAUACAAAAUACAGAGCAGACUAGGCCUAGUCUGUUAUGUACAGCGUCAGCUCUGCAUUUUAGUGCCAUUUGCAGAAGGUCUGCUAAUCUGCAGGACGAAAGAUGGUGUGAAUCUGGAAUUUCAUUUCUGAACUGUCUCGUUUGAUUGUUUGAAUCCCAAUCCUCUGAAGCCAGAAAUUUUGGGGAAAGCAUUCAGUGGUCCAUGGAUGGGACUGUUUUACUCUGUGACCAUCUCCAUCCAUGCUUACAAACCUCCAUUCCUUCUAAUAUAGCAGGAGUCAGCCCUUCUUCCUUCUGGUCACCUUUGGCAAAUAACAUUCCACUGCUGACACCUAGUAUGCAAAUACAGCACUUCAGUUGGUGCUGUGGGGUAGGAUGGCUGUUUGUUUGCCUAACACAGUUUAGUACAAAACUCUUAGACUCACCAAACACACAUUCCUCAAACUAAUGUUCUGUAUAGUGUGUACACGGGGUAUUGGAAAUACACAAUUCCUCUCUGUUCAGCAUUAAGCAUGUUAACAAGAACCCACAUAACAGUGUAUGUAACUCAGAGCUAGGAGAUUGGCAUACUUUUUUGCUUGUGGUGUUUACCAUGUCACUACUCAGCCUGGCUACCUUACCAAGGCUUUUAGACAAAAGUUGUAUGGGUUGUAGCACCCCUUCGUUACAGCAGAGUGGAGUCACUCCACUCUGUUUGAACUAGAAAAAUGAUUAAACCUUCUUUUCAGUGGUUACUUUUUUCCCUUAGGAGGCAAUACUCGCGCUACAGGUAUGCUCCUUCAGUACAAGGUACCAGGGUUGGAGGAACUGAGGCAGUUUAGAUUUACCGCUGGUGAAGACUUCAAUUCCAACAAAAAGCUAUCGGCUACUUGGCUAGCAGCCAUGCAUAAGGUAACUAGUUGAACUGCUGGAUCAUUGUCCUCGUGUGUCAUGAGCAGGGAAUUUUUUUGGCUCCAUGUGGUCCAAGUAUCAGGGAGUGGGGCAUUCAACCUGACAAUCACAUGGCGGCAUUAUGUUGCAUGAUGUCGAAAUCCCUUGCUUGGAGCAAUGUUAAAAUAAUUGGGGGUGGGGGGGGGGGAGAGACAUUUCAGAGGGCAGUUUGCCAAACUUCUCUGAAGCUCCUCCCACCCUUCUUUUAACAUCACUUCCAGCUUCAAAGAACAGAGGGCUUUUACCCUUUGCCCCUCAGCUGAUGAGUGGAGAUUUAGACCCUGCUGCAUUGGCUGCACAAUCCUGUUUGCUGCAUGAAACAGGGUGUGUAGCUAUUGCAGGAUUAAACCUGUCCUCCUGCCCAUCAGAUCCCCCCCCCCUUGCUCUAUGUGGAUAGAUGUAGAGGAAUCAACACAGAACAGUAGGAAACUGGUUCGUGUGCUUGAAAGCAAAAGGUGAAUGAGUGUUUAAGGUGCAGGGUGUGUGUUUUUGUUAAAAGGAAUGUAAUAGCGAAACAACUUCAAACCAUUUCUCUUAGGAGAAAUAUUCUAGAACUGCUCAUUGUUCCUUUGCCCAACUGUGAAAUCUGUUAUAACAUACCCUUAUUUCUGAUUGUCUUGAUCUUUGCAUUUUCUAAUGCAUUGAUAAAUACUCAAUUCAGCCCGUGUAGAUGUUCCAGAAAGACAUGAGCAUCUAGUUAAAGCUGAGUAGUACUGCUUUGCUAUCAGCAUUUUCCUUUUUUUUCCCUUUCAUUGCAGGCAGCAAAACUUCUUUAUGAAUCUCGGGACCAAUAACAGCUUCUCCAACUUGAGGGAAAAGAUCAGCUCUAAGAAAAAGCUUCUUACUACUUGCUAGUUGAAACACGGUAAUAAGUAUUUGGUAAUAGGGAUCCCCCACCCACCCUUUCCUAUCCCAGACGUGGUUCAUCAUGUGAGCACUGGCCAAUUACAAUGUGAGUAUUUGACCUAUAAGUAUUCACUUUAGUGUGCAAUAUGUAAACAGAUUAUUAAUGCUUUAAAUAUAGCCUUGCAUCUAUGACUUUAUAUUUUGUUAAAUCUUGUCUGCACUUAAUAUGUAAAAUGAAGUGUGACCUGCACUACUGCUAAGUAUAUAGCACAACUUUUUUGUAGUACAAAUUAUGUAUACAGUGUAAUUCAUUUUUAAACAAGGAAACAAACUUUAUUUGAUGCUCCAGAGAAUAAUAGCUUUUCAGGUGUGUAGCUCUCAGGUUCUUUUUCUCCUCAUAUCCAAAUGAUCUAUGGAAAUUUGCCUUAGAUGUCAUUUUAUAGAAGCUACUCUUUCUUGUGGGGGAUUUGUAUCAUGAGAUAAAAACUUUCUUUUUUGUAAAAUACAAUUUACCAAAUACCACAAUUUGUCCUGUGUAAUCUUUUUGAAUGAAGCUACUAGCAAGACUGAUUUUUGAAGUUUUAUAUUCAUGCUUUUUGUGGUAAUUCUAGCAUUGGCUAAUAAAGCCUGAUUAAACACUAUGAGCUUGUCUGUGGUAGUAUUGCUGUUGACUAUUGCACAAGGUUUCAGGCCGGGCUCAAACUGGUUACUGUGUAGACAUGAAAGCAGAGGCAGGUACAUUCAGAUAGGUGCAAUAAAUGGGUCAGGGGGCUUCGUAACAAAUUAUGUUCUUUAAAAAAUGUUUUGGGUUAAGAAACACCUACAAACACAACUAUACCUUAGCAGUAGUUUUAUUGUGCACACUGGAUUAGCAGUGUAUCAUAGGCUUUUAACUCACAUUCAUUUAGCAAAUAUUCUUUUACAAUACCCUUCCACUUCUCAUCACCACAAUAUAUACAAUUAAUGCUAAACAGUGGUAAAAGCAAGUUACAGCACUGCAUCAAUGGAUAUAUAAAUUAUGCACACCGUGUACAUGAAUAAAGCCAAAUGGCCUACAGUUUACAGGGAGGAAAUUAUAAAACACGUAUGGCUACAACAUAAUGGGAAGUUCAAAAUAGACUUCUGUAUAUAAAAUAAUGUACAACUAAUAUUCCAGUGAAGUGCUUUUUUUUGCUCGAAACUAGAUAGUGGAUAAAGUUAUUGCAUAACUCACCCUGGCACAAGAUGCCAGGCUGCCAAGAACCACAGAUGCUGCCCCAGCCAAAACAGCAAGACGUCCUCUUCUUUCUCCCUUCACUCUCUACAUAGCCAGCUCAGCCUUUAUUCAGUCCUUCAGACCCCCUCCCUACUUUCACAGAUAAGAUUUAAAGGUCCUUAAAGGGAACCUAUUAGCUUUUUUAUAACCUGACUCUUACCUUCUCAACUAUUGCACUUUUCUUUCAUAUAGACAUACAGAUCCCUUAAAUAUGAAUGCAGGUUUGUCCAGAAGAUGGAAUUCAGUGUGGGUGUGUUUGAGAAAGUUUAAAGUGGUGCUGUAAGCAGAAUAUCAUGAAAAAACAUCAAGUGAAGGAACGUGGUUUUGAGAAAUGUGCAAAAAUCCAUUCAGCAUUGAUGCUUCACUGUUAGUUAAUAACACCUUUUAUACCAGAGGACUGUUGGUAAUUCCCAGAUGCCAACUUACCAAGCUCUUCAAGGAUUUACACAGUAAACUCAACAAUCAGUUGACAAUUUUAAUAAAGACCUUGACAGUUACUGUGGACUAGAAUGGAUCAGACAGCAUACCUGUGUUUUGCAAAGGUUUUUAACAUCUAGCACAAGUUUUGUUCUUUUAAUUCAAUUGGCAAAAUACUGUAGGCUGUGUUGAGUACCUCUCCCAAUGACUGGGUGGGUGAACAUGGAACAGAUCUCACAUACAAACUUCAGAUUGGAAAUCUCAAAUGCUGUCCAUCAAUUUAACAAGAGCACCAAUUAAAACAAGUAUAGCUUUACUUCUGGUGAAAUGUGAUUGAAAAUGUUUCCAGUGUAUACUUCCAGUUGCCAGCAAGAUACUGUAUUGCCAAAUGAUGGUUUUCAGGCAAGAGUUCGUUGCCUAGGUUUUAUUCUUGGAUAUAACUGCAAUA